UAGGUGCAUCAGAGGAGAGACACGUUUCUGCUGAAGAGGUCGUGUGAAAACUGACGAAAAUGGCGCAGUUUGGGUUUGAGAACGACAUCCACAGUAUCUUGAAGCUGGAUAUGCCUAUCACAAACGCUCCUAUGGCGAGGUGGCAGAGAAAAGCCAGCUCAUCAAACACAUCCGCCUUAACGCCUGGAAAAAGUGCUAAUGUGUCGCAGAGCUCGUCAAAAACACCCAGCAAAACACCAGGAAAAAAUAAAAAACAAACUCCCUCUAAGAUGGGAGGAGACCGUUUUAUCCCGACCAGAAACAGCAAACAAAUGGAUGUGGCGAGUUUCCUGCUCUCAAAGGAGAACGAGCCAGUGAACACAAACAAUGCAACAGGAACAUCAGAAAACCAGAAAGCCUGGUCCAUGACAUUGAAUGGGUACAACAUUGAAGAAGCAAAGAUCUUACAUCUUGGUGGAAAACCACUGAAUGCUCCAGAGGGAUAUCAGAACAACUUGAAAGUCCUCUACAGUCAGGUUACAACUCCAGCCUCCACCAAAAAGACAAGAUAUAUAUCUUCAACUCCUGACAGAAUCUUGGAUGCUCCGGAGCUUCGAAAUGAUUUCUAUUUGAAUCUGCUUGACUGGAGCAGCCGAAACGUUCUCGCUGUGGCUCUUCACAACAGUGUGUACCUGUGGGAUGCCACACAAGGAGACAUCAUUCUUCUCAUGAAGUUGGACUCUGAAGAGGACUACAUCUGCUCACUGUCCUGGACCAAAGAAGGAACCUACCUUGCUAUUGGGACCAGUGACUGCAAAGUUCAGUUGUGGGAUGUUGAGAAUUUGAAGCGUUUACGCAGCAUGUCCAGCCACACAGCGCGAGUUGGUAGUCUGAGCUGGAACGACCACGUCCUUUCCAGUGGCUCCAGAUCAGGACACAUCCACCAUCAUGACGUGAGGGUAGCAGAGCAUCACAUCUCUACGCUGACUGGUCACUCGCAGGAGGUUUGUGGGCUGAAGUGGUCCCCAGAUGGGCGAUACCUGGCCAGCGGGGGCAAUGACAACUUGGUGUGUGUAUGGCCCCGCGUAGGGGAGGGCAGCAUCGGCAGCGAAAGCCAGGCAGUCCGCUGCUGGAGCGAACAUCAUGGAGCUGUUAGGGCUUUGGCCUGGUGUCCAUGGCAGCCAAAUAUCCUUGCAUCUGGAGGCGGUACCAGUGACCGUCACAUCCGCAUCUGGAAUGUAAACAGUGGCUCCUGCAUCACUUCACUUGACACUCAGUCUCAGAUCUCCUCCUUGGUCUUUGCACCAAACUACAAAGAGCUGGUUUCUGCUCAUGGAUAUGCCCACAACAAUGUCACAAUCUGGAAAUACCCUUCUCUGGUCAAAGUCACAGAACUCAACGGCCAUGAAGACCGCGUUCUCAGUCUGGCUCUGAGCCCAGAUAGCUCUACUGUCGCCACUAUUGCUGGAGAUGAGACUAUUCGUCUGUGGAAGAGCUUCGAAGUGGACCCUAUUAAGAAGAAGGCCAAAGAGAGGGCAGUGUCUAGCAGUGUGAUUCAUCAAUCAAUCAGAUGAACUUAUUUUUUUGGAUCUGCUGAGGUUUUUUGGUCGAUAGCAAAGUAUGUUUUUAUUUAAUCCACAAUAAAGAUUUCAACCCAGUGUUUUAGCAGUAACUGGCAUCUUACUUCUCCUGUUAGUGGUUUAAUGGGUUGUUCAUCAAUUGUGUGUACAGGUCUGAUAUUGUGUUUACAACAUAAAUGUAGUUUAUUUGAUUUGUAAGCUGUUUUUGUUUUGGCUGGAUGGCAAUAGUAGUGCCAGCCUUAUAAACAAGUUGACUGAGCAAAGUUACAUUUGUCAGUCGUCUGUAAAUUCUGUCAUUUUUAAAUGAAAUGCCAGCUUGUGUUUCAUACACUCAGCACCUUGUC